CGCGUACCUGCCUUGCCCGCGCCUUCGGUAAUUCGCGGGGUCGGUUUGUUGCAUUUACUUUCUGCCGUGUACCUGGCCACGGCCUAUGUCGCUCUGUGUCUGAACAAUCCCGUGGACACACUGACCAGUGCCGGUCAUUUGUUGCCUGCUGAUCACACACGCAACGUGACCGAUGUAAUUCCUCCAUCGGGGGAACCACAACCUCCGGAUGAGAUACGAACCGUGACCAGUUCGCAUGGUAGUACCGGUCAGGGACACUCCGAUACCGCGACAGUGAGCACCUCAUCAACCACGGCUCCCUCGUUUGGAUCCAAAUCGUCGGUCGUGUGUGGUAACGAUCCGCUGUAUUUGAUCGCUCCACCCGCGUAUCGCUAUCUGGCUCGACUCUAUUUUGCCGAGGCGCUGAUUAUGCUCGAUCGGGCUCCUGAAUCGCUUUCGGUCCUUUCUUGCGGAGUAACAAGACCAUUAUCUGACGGGAAUUGCCUGGAAGAAUUGUCCACCUUACUCGGGUCCGUCAGUCUGGCCCCACAUUGUCUAGUGCCCGAGCUGCAUGUGAAUCCGGGCGAGGAUUUUCCCGACGCAAAGGCAGCAGCAUCCAAGGAAGGAUCAGAUCCCGCAGCUGCACGGCGAGGACGCUUUGGGAAUGACUCGUUUGUCUUCAUGGACACUCACUCCUCCAUCUAUCCGAUCGACUUUCCAUCCUCUCCUACACAGGCCACCAGUUUGCAUAUGUUCAAUCUGGCCUGUGCACUGGCCACCAAUCGCGAAUGGACAAUGGCCCAAUACUAUUUGCUUCCAUCUCUCUCCGGUCUGUCUCUGUCCGCUGCGGAAUUGGACGGACGUAAAUGGUCCUCCUCUGCCGGAACCACAAUGAAUAGUACAAAUCCAUCAUUGGGUACGGGUCUCGUCACAACUCCGCUCGUGCUGCCCUUCCCAGCUCUCAUGCUUCAACUGUACCUGUUCCUUGUUUUGGGCAAACGUGUCGAAGCCCUAACCCUGCUUCGCAACAUAUUCGGCAAUGAGAGUCUUCUCGGUCGUGUAAACAGCGUGCAUCAGGCGAGUGCACUGGUCGUCUCACCGACCGAAGUGAAUGGGAACAACGCGAUCGGUGCAUCCGGUGAGUCCGGUAGCUGGACGCUGAACGACUUGCGUCAGUUGCUCAAAUCGAACGGGACCACACGAUCCAACAUGAAUCCAGCCUAUCUUGGGACUAGUCACAACGGUGCUCCUGCUGCAACUGCAUCCACCGGGGUUCAGCGCCCGACCACUUUGUGGUUGCCACCAGUAUCCUCCUCGUCCGCUCUGAUGUCAUCAGGGCAACCGGUGUCUGGUCGUCCCGUUCAAUCCACCGGAAUGACCUAUCCGCUUUCACAUUUGUCCACUACUUCCGUUCAGCCUCCGUUCUCUAAUGUUUCCGCACUGAAUAUGAACGGGCGUUGGGAGAACCGUACCGCUACCGUUCAGCCCCAUACAACCGGCCUGAUCACAUCUGCCAACGAAAGUGACUGGCCUCCACUGUGA